CCUUGGUCCAGUCAAAUCAUCAUCUGAAUCUAAAACUCAACCAUCUAAAUCUCGAGAAACUUUCCAGAAAAAAAAUGUCGGGAAGAGGAAAGGGAGGAAAGGGACUGGGCAAAGGAGGAGCGAAGAGGCACAGGAAGGUUCUGAGAGACAACAUCCAAGGAAUCACCAAGCCUGCGAUUAGGCGUCUCGCUCGUAGAGGAGGCGUGAAGAGAAUCAGCGGGCUGAUCUACGAGGAGACCAGAGGAGUUCUGAAGAUCUUUCUCGAGAAUGUAAUUAGAGACGCCGUGACGUACACGGAGCACGCGAGGAGGAAGACGGUGACGGCGAUGGAUGUUGUUUAUGCUUUGAAGAGGCAAGGGCGCACUCUCUAUGGAUUCGGUGGUUAAAACCGGUUUAAGAUUUCGAUUUGGUUUCUGGGUGCUACUUAUUAAGUCUUGCUGUCAAGAAAUCUAGUAGGUUUUAGGCUUUAUCACUACUUUGCUGGUUUGUUUCUUUGUUUGUGUAAUUUCUCUUUUGGGGAUUUAUAAAAAAUCAAUUAUUCAGUUCUCA